AUGGACCUGGACUCAAUCACUUCCAGGAGUCUAUCGAGUCUUCAUCCGAGCUUAGUGCUGAGGAGCAGCGAUUCAUCGAGUCAUGGUGGUCAGAUACGGGGGAGCAGCGAAGAACCUCAUGGUCAUCUUGAACUAGGUGAUGUUUCCGGUUACGUGUUACGGGUGAUUGAUCGGAGUAGUGACUUGUUGUUCCUGUACCUUGGAUGUCACGCCGCUGAGUGGUCACGCUUGAGAACCACUGCUAGGGCCUUUCGAGCUCACACGGCACUGAUGUUGAUCGGAAGCCUGAGAGACACUGGUGCUGCGCAAGUCCCAGAAGUCCCAGCGGGCUUUACAUUUCAGGCUGCCUUCACGUUUGUGCAAGUUGGGAAUCAAUAUCAGUGGAUGCCUGCAUCGCUGGUAUAUAAUGAAGGGGGAAGUAGCAGUAGUCUUGGUCCUGUUCCUGAGGGUGUUGGUAGCUCUCCUGUAGUUUCGGGUUUGGAUGGUCAGGAACCUGGUGCUAUCGCAGGAACCGGAGAAGCGCCCUUUGAUGCCGCUGAGUGUGAGGAUCCGCCUAUUCCUCCAGAUCUGAUUUAUGAUGAAGAAGCAGGAGUGUUGAGAGUCAUACCUGAUGGAGAUGAUGAUGAAACAGAUGAGCUGGAUUUUCAGAUCGCUCAGGCUGCUUUCUUUCUGUGGCAGAAUCAGUUCUACUUUGAGUGGGAACAGCUGACGGAAGCUAAGCAAGAUAUCUACCAUGGACUUGUUGGUGAGUGGUUAACGCGGGUUCAUGAAGUGGAUUAG